UCGACGGACCUUUUACUGAGACGUACUCCGUCGUGAAGGCCAUAGGAGCAGUCCGGCAUGAAUGUGAACCAGGGAACGGUGGGCAGCGACCCGGUCAUCCUCGCCACGGCUGGAUAUGACCACACCGUCCGCUUCUGGCAGGCCCACAGCGGCAUCUGCACCAGGACCGUGCAGCACCAGGACUCUCAAGUAAACUCACUUGAAGUCACACCUGACAGAAGUAUGAUUGCUGCGGCAGGUUAUCAGCAUAUACGCAUGUACGACCUGAACUCCAACAACCCAAACCCCGUGAUCAACUAUGAUGGGGUGAGCAAGAACAUCACGUCUGUGGGUUUUCAUGAAGAUGGACGCUGGAUGUACACAGGAGGGGAGGAUUGCAUGGCUCGUAUCUGGGAUUUAAGGUCAAGAAAUCUACAAUGUCAGAGAAUCUUUCAAGUAAAUGCUCCAAUCAACUGUGUGUGUCUGCAUCCCAACCAGGCAGAGUUGAUUGUCGGAGACCAGAGUGGCGUGAUUCACAUCUGGGAUCUCAAAACUGACCACAACGAACAGUUGAUUCCAGAGCCGGAGGUCUCAGUCAACUCCGUCCACAUCGACCCUGAUGCCAGUUACAUGGCAGCAGUCAACAGUUCGGGAAACUGCUACGUGUGGAACCUUGCCGGAGGCAUGGGAGAUGAAGUGACUCAGCUCAUUCCCAAGACUAAGAUCCCAGCACACAAGCGUUACUCUCUGCGCUGCAAGUUCAGCCCUGACUCCACACUACUGGCCACCUGUUCAGCCGACCAGACCUGUAAGAUCUGGAGGACGUCCAACUUCUCACUGAUGACAGAGUUGAGCAUCAAGAGCAACAAUCCAGGAGAGACCUCCAGAGGCUGGAUGUGGGACUGCGCGUUCUCCGGAGACUCCCAGUAUAUUGUUACAGCAUCUUCAGACAACCUGGCUCGGCUGUGGUGCGUGGAGACCGGCGAGAUCAAGAGGGAAUACAGCGGCCACCAGAAAGCCGUGGUGUGUCUGGCCUUCAACGACAGCGUGCUCGGCUGAGCAGGAGGUCGGGGGAGCUGAUGGACAACGCGGAGGACAGACUCUUUGGAAGGUGUGUCUCAGCUCUGAGAGGAGGAGCCAGUGUUGGCACGAGUGGAGAUCCACUCAGGUUCUGGCCUCGUUUAAGAACAUUUGUGUUGCUCUCGCUACCAGAAGCCUGUAAGUGUACCGUUGCGCACCACGGCUGGAUUGAAACUCAGUAAAACUACACAUGAAUGGGCCAAGCAGCUGCUUUUGCAGAAAUCUGUCACUCAUACACAAAGAAAUUGUCCAAUAAUAAGGCAAACUUAACAGUUAACCUUUUUGGAUUUUUACAGAAAACUAUAUUUAUUUAAUCAAAAGGACCACGUUAUUCACGUUGUGUUAGAAGAGCUGUACAAUAGAUAAUUUCCUCAAAUGUGGUUUGUGUCAUUCAAUUGAUGCUCUUUUUUUCCUGAUGUUCCCACUUGGACAAACAAAUGUUGGGAAUAAACAAUGUACAGACAAUUCUAAA